AUGCUUAGUGAACCAGAAUGUCGUGUGCUAUCGUCGGCUUUCGAUACGUUACUGAUGGACUUCGAUCCGAAAGAUGCAGUAAUCUACCUGGAAAGUUCCGGGCUCCUUACCGAAGAUCUCGCAGAGAAAAUAGAAUCUAAGGCGACUCGACUGGAGCGUUUAAGAGAGUUGCUACGGAUCUACCGAAGGCGUGCUAAAGACUGCGAACCUUUAAUCUCCUACUUUGAGUUUGCCGGGCAAGAACAUAUAGCACAGUCGCUUCGAAACGAUCUUGACCACGUGCUUGAUGGAUUUGGUGCAAAAGAUGUCGUUCCCCGAUUUCCCCAUCAUCUUCGACUACGUAAACUCCUUGCUGGUGGAGUACCAAGGGCUUUCCAGCAUGUGAAACGGGUGAAGAUGCAGACGUGUGUGGCUAAGAUGUUGCGAGAACGAGCGGAUUUAGAUUCUUUUUUUGUUGUUCUACACGGAAUCGCUGGUUGUGGUAAAUCCUCGUUAGCAGCGGCAGUCUUCGCUGAAGUUCCUGAUCUUCUGGGGAAUUCUUUCGAAUCCGUAAUAUGGUUACGUGAUUCCAGCACUGUGCCGAACAGAGUUCGCUACUUGUUCGCUGAUCUUCUGUUAAUGUUGUGGGAUGAUAUCGCUAGCGAUCCUCCAAGAGUGGAUGACAUGUCUUCUGUUUAUUUAUACAAGCAGAUUCAAGAAGCUUUGAUCGAUCGUCCCAAUGUGAUAGUUGUCCUUGAUGAUGUCGUUCAGAAAGAAACUGUAAUGUUUGCAAAUCAACUUGGGCUUCGAGUCCUGGCGACGACACGAAAUGCCGAACUUUUUGCUGCCGCCACAUGCUCUGUGGAUGUGAUUCACGUGGAGAGUAUUUCGUCAGAGGAGUGCAAAGAGCUGUUUUCAAUGGAUAAAACAUCUCCUGCAGUGGACGUAGUUCUUUGCGAAGCAUUCUCCCUUUGUAGCGGGAACAUAGCGCUCUUGAAUAUUCUGAAUAAGCUUUCUGCUGGACGUCUAGACAGGUUAAAUACGUUCUGCCGUCGUUUGAAAACACGUGGUUUAUCCUCUUUGACAGCUACAACUGCAUUUGGAUAUGAAUCUAUGCACGAUGCAUUGACAGCGUCUGUGGAACGGUUGCCUUCUUGCGAUCGAGACACACUUGCAUGUGCUGUUAUUUUUCCAUCCGAACAAGAAAUUCCUCUCGAGAUCUGGGCUCUGGUCGUACCUGUUGAUGUUAUCGACACGGAUGAGUCUGAGCUCUUGAUGCUAUUAUCAGAUCGCCUGAAAGUACUAUGCGAAAAUGGGGAUUGGUUAUCGUACAAUCAGCGAAAUGAAACAUUUCGAUUCAGUAGAAUGGUGGAAAGUUAUCUCCGAGAAACAGUGGAAGCAGAAACUGUCAAGACGCUUAUCUCGAUCCUCAAGUCUCGACUAGAUGGUCAUCUGCAGAGUGACAGAGAAAAUCCUGUUGUCAAGCAGUUUUUCCAGACGCACUCUUCCUUCUACAAGAAUGUUCAUGGACUUAGUUUUUGA